GCUUUUCCCGCCUCCGCCGCGGCCGAGAGGCGGUUCGGGUGACAGUUGAGCAUGGCCGGAGCCGAGGAGCCAGCGGGGCGGCAGGCGGAGCUGGAGCCCGUGGUAUCGUUGGUCGACGUACUUGAGGAGGACGAGGAGCUGGAGAAUGAGGCGUGCGCCGUCUUGGGCGGCAGCGACUCGGAGAAGUGCUCCUACUCGCAGGGCUCAGUAAAGAGACAAGCACUAUAUGCCUGUAGUACCUGCACCCCAGAGGGAGAAGAACCAGCAGGAAUUUGCCUAGCUUGCAGUUAUGAAUGUCAUGGAAGUCAUAAACUUUUUGAGCUAUACACAAAAAGAAAUUUUCGUUGUGAUUGUGGAAACAACAAGUUUAAAAAUUUGGAAUGUAAAUUAUUUCCUGACAAAGCAAAGAUAAAUUGUGGCAAUAAGUACAAUGACAACUUUUUUGGAUUGUACUGCAUUUGCAAGAGACCUUAUCCUGAUCCUGAAGAUGAGAUUCCAGAUGAGAUGAUCCAAUGUGUAGUCUGUGAAGACUGGUUCCAUGGAAGGCAUCUUGGUGCCAUUCCCCCUGAGAGUGGAGAUUUCCAAGAGAUGGUGUGCCAGGCUUGCAUGAAACGCUGUUCUUUCUUGUGGGCUUAUGCUGCACAUUUGGCAGUAACCAAAGUAACUGCUGAAGAUGAUGGGUUGGUGCUGAAUGUUGAUGCGGUAGGUGACCAGGAAGUUAUCCAACCUGAAAAUGGAGCUUAUCAUGAUGGUGCCCUCAAAGAGGAUGUUCCAGAACGUGGAAGGGCUGCUGAGAAGGAAUUUAAAGCAGAGCAGAUGAACGAACCAUGUACCAGCUCUAGUUCUGAAGCUGAUCUCCAGACAGCAUUUAAGAAUCAGCAUCUCAACACAGAAUCACAGUCCGGCUGCAGACUUCAGGAGCUUAAAGCUAAGCAGUUUAUAAAGAAAGACACCGCCACCUAUUGGCCCCUGAACUGGCGUAGCAAGUUAUGUACCUGCAAAGACUGUAUGAAAAUGUAUGGCGAUCUAGAUAUCCUGUUCCUGACAGAUGAAUGUGACACAGUUCUGGCUUAUGAAAACAAAGGCAAGGUUGACCAGGCGGCUGACAGGAGAGACCCUCUAAUGGACACCCUUAACAGCAUGAACAGAGUCCAGCAAGUGGAACUUAUUUGUGAAUACAAUGACUUGAAGACUGAACUUAAAGACUAUUUCAAGAGAUUUGCUGAUGAAGGCACAGUGGUUAAGAGAGAGGACAUCCAGCAGUUCUUUGAAGAAUUUCAGUCAAAAAAGAGAAGAAGAGUGGAUGGGAUGCAGUAUUACUGCAGCUAGACUGGAGUAUGGCGCCUUCUCAUCCAGCCAGUGAAGGUGCCACUUACUGUUCCAGGAAUAAAAGAGGCAUAUUUCA